AUGGCAGCUCAACAGGUUUCCAAGAUUUUCGUCGUUGGUGGGACAGGCGCCCAGGGCAUUCCAGUUAUCUCGAGUCUAGUGCGCGACAAGAAGUACCAGAUCAAAGUACUUACCCGCUCCCGAGACUCCGCUCGUGCUACAUAUCUGGCAUCCCUUGGAAACGUUGAAUUUAUCGAAGGUACUUUUGCUAGCGAAUCCGACCUCCGUCAAGGCUAUGAAGGCUGUGACGGCGCAUUCAUCAACAUCGAUGGGUUCAAUUCCGGAGAGAAGACCGAGAUGUAUUGGGCAAUCCGCGCUUAUGAGCUUGCCCUUGAAGCGGGCUUGAAGUUCUUUGUGUACGGAAACCUGGAUUACGGAUAUAAGAAGAGUGGAUACGAUCCCAAAUUCCGCUGCGGCCAUUACGACGGAAAAGGACGAAUCGCCGAAUGGAUACUUCAACAGAACCAAUUCAACCAGGGCCGGAUGAAGGCCUCUAUUUUCACAACCGGUCCCUAUAUCGAUAUGACCAUUGCAAAUGUGACACCAAUGACUCCGACAGUGGAAGAUGGGAUUGUUACUUGGCGCGUGCCACUUGGUUCAGGCGCUGUACCUCAUGUCUCGCUCGAGGAUUGUGGGUACUACGUCCGAUGGCUUUUCGAAAAUAUCGACAAAGCAAAUGGACUUGAUCUUGAGGUUGCAAUUGAACAUGUUCAUUAUGAGGAUCUUGCUCGCGCCUUUGAAGCCGUCACAGGCCAUCCGGCGCGCUUCAUCGAUAUGGAUCUGGACACAUACUGGGCUACAGGACCGCUGAGCAAGGCCGCCGACUUGGGGUGUGGUUACAACUCUGAUCCCAGUGAUCCCGCUUUCAUGACGAUGCGACAGAACUUCAGUGGCUUUUGGAAUCUGUGGAAACAUUCUGGCCGCAACCAGGGGAUAGUCAAGAGAGAUUACAAACUGCUUGACGAAAUUCAUCCUAACAGGAUCAGAACUGCUGAGCAGUGGUUUCGCGAGAUGAAUACCCGGGGAAUCGAGGAUGGUAGUGGUUCUAUUUGGGGAGAAGAUACAGCCGGAAAACCUGAAGCCUGUGUUGAAGUUAGCGGAGGAUGGCAGGCAAGGGCGACUUUGAGUCAUUUCCGCACGCUGGGCUCUACUACUUCAGCAUGCCCGCUUUUGCAUGAAAUGUAG